GGAACAUCGUCACAGUAUUAUUGCGGAAGUGCAGUUGUAGGAUUACAGCAACGUGAAUAUUGUCAAUUCCGUAGUCGACCCCCAGAUUUCAGCUUUUUAUGCUGUUUGUGGCCAACGCCUAUUUACUGUGUUAAGGGAUUUGAGCUGUUGAUCCUCUCUUACCUCUGUACGCUAUGGCAGCUAUGACAUACGCCGGAAUGGAUGAUACUGACAGCGAAGACGAGCUGCCGCCAGGCUGGGAAGAGAGAUCUACAAAGGAUGGAUGGGUGUACUAUGCAAAUCACGAUGACAUGAAGACACAGUGGGAGCAUCCUAAAACUGGGAAGAAAAAGCGCUGUGCUGGAGAUUUACCAUAUGGAUGGGAACAAGAGACAGAUGAUAAAGGACAGAUCUUCUAUGUGGACCACAUCAACAAGCGAACCACCUACUUUGACCCGCGCCAGGCCUUCACCGUGGAGGACGUACAGGUCAGGCCAAAGAGGUUUGAUGGCAACACAUCUGCCCUGGAGGUCCUACAGGACCGUGACCUCUCCAGUGUGGUUGUGGUCAUCACUGGGGCCAACGCCGGAAUUGGUUUUGAGACGGCGAGGUCCUUCGCUCUGCACGGCGCACACGUCAUCCUGGCCUGCCGCAACAAGGCGCGAGCCACCAAAGCUGUCAAUCUGAUCAUAGAGGAGUGGGUGAGUGUCUCAUAC